AUGCCAGAGCCCGGCGAGGGCGGGCGCCAGACAAUGAUGUUCUCGGCCACAUUCCCUCAGGAGAUGCAAGACAUGGCCUUGGACUUCCUCGAUCCAGCCUACUACGGUAUUAAGGUUGGCCAGGUGGGCCACGCAGCGACGGAUGUGGAGCAGUGCUUCGAACAGGUCAACUUCCGGGAGAAGAACGACAGGCUGCUGGAUUUAAUUGCUGAGGCGAGCAGCGAGAAUGGCGAGCAGGGAAAAACGCUCGUGUUUGCAAACACGAAGAACACCGUUGACGACAUUGUUUGGGUCUUGAACGAUAGCGGCAUCAAGGCGGAGCCCAUACAUGGAGGACUCUCACAGAGUGCCAGAAGUCGAAAUCUGACUCUGCUCAAGAAGGGCAUACUCAAUGUUCUUGUUGCUACCGACGUCGCGGCACGAGGACUUGAUCUGCCUGGGAUCGAGCACGUGAUCAACUACGAUCUGCCACAAGACGGCGACACCUACGUCCAUCGCAUCGGGCGGACCGGGCGCAUCGGCAACAAGGGCCGGGCCACAUCUUUCGUGUCGAAUUACGACAGCGCGUCCAAUCUGAAGAUGAUUGUCCGGCACAUGAAGGAUGCGAAGAAGGACGACCCAGAUGCCUCUGACGUGCCGGAGUGGCUAGAGGGGGCAAAGGCGGAGGAAGAGGACGAUACUAGCCGGCUGCAGCUGCCAUCUUCGGGUUCACAGCAUCAGACCGGACCGCGUGAGCUCUUCGAUGACAGAGGCCAGCAACUUGGCAAUGGCCCGAGCAGAGCGAAGCUCCGUGGGCAGUGCGAGGCAAGUUUUGAGAGUGGUUCUCGAGUUCUCGGACGGUGA